GUUAGCUGGUUGGGAAGGCAGUGCUCAUGAUUCUCGUAUUUUAAAUGAUGCACUUAGUAGACCAAGGGGACUUAAAAUUCCAGAAGCAAUGUCCAAGAACAAGGGGAAAGAAUCAGGAACUCAACUUAGGUGGACACAACCAAUGUGUGACAUGCUAUUUAAAAUGUUGGUUGUUGAGGCUGAACAAGGCAACAAGCCCUCAAACAAAUAUAAGCCUCAAUCCCUUGACAAAGUGGCAAAAGAAAUUGGUGUGAAGUUUAAUGUAGAGUGUCAUGCAUCACAUGUGCAUAACCGCCUUCGUACGGUUAGAAAAGAGUGGAAACUCGUUCAGGAUAUUCGAAAAAAAAGUGGAUUUGGUUGGGAUGAUAAUUUGAAAAUGAUCACAUGUGACAAGCAAACUUAUGAUGCUGAAGUGCUGUAUGAUGAGAUGGCUAUUGUUGUUGGUAAGGACAUGGCAACCGGUGGCUUUUCAAAGCAAUGGAGUGAACAUUCUCCAUUGGUUGAAAAUGAGACCCCACAAAAUGACAUCCAAAAUCCAGAAUUUGAAGGUGACACUGAUACGUUGCCAAAAGAUGCCCAUGAAGCUUCCAAUGGAACUUCAUCUAAGGGAAGGAGCCAUAGAAAGAGAACUUAUGUAGCUAUGAAUGAAGAUAGUCCUUUUAGUGAGAUGACUGAACAACUCAAACAGAUUGCAGUAGCUGUUACAGCUUUGAGUCAUGGCCCAGUUAAUACAAAUGAGCUUCAUAAAGUAGUGAUGAAUGUUGAAGGCUUUGAAGAAGACAUGCUUGAUGAAGCUUUUGAUCAUUUGGUUAAUGAUGAAAAGGCAGGAAGGGCCUUUAUGGCUAAAAAUGAUAGGAUGAGAAAGCUUUGGUUGGAGAAAUUUUUCAACAAAACCUUCUAACUUGAAGUUGCUGGAUACGUUGUGUGAAACAUGUUAGUGGUACCAUGGUAUUCUUUAGGUUAUUAAUAAUUAUGGAACACUGAUUGACAUGUUUUGGAGUUAUUAUGGAAUAAUGUUAUAUUUUGGAUUCAUUAGU